UCAGUUGUUCAGCAUUCAUUCGAAAGUUCAGAUGUGAAUUAUAAUGUACCCGCAAUUAUUAUUUUCGUCUGUUUUAAUUAAUUUUGUUAUUGCUAUUGAACAGAAUUCCUUAAAGCAUGGGUUAAAUGUGUUAAACGACAACAACAAGGCUAUGAUGUCGGAGUCCCGGAGUAACACGGGGAUGUCAAAACCGAGCAGUUACAACGACUGGCAUCAACACUUCUGGAAACCGGGCAAACGAACACACCAGAACGUAACAUACAUCGACAAGGCAGAAAACAUGAUACGACUCCCAUCAAUGAACAAGUACUACGAAGAAAAGAAAUCAAAAAGGAAAUCUCUGAAGAAGUCACCGAGACGAACAAUACAGAAGAUUAUAAAGAAGAAUAAAAACAAAAUAAAGAAACUGUACAUCAUGAAGAUGACAAGUUACCCGACGGUGAUACCAAAAAUAGCGUUCGAGAAUGAACAAGAAGACUUCUCACCAAAGAAAGAAGAGACUACGACUCCUCCGAAUCAGAAAAAGAAGUCUAGAAAAUGGAACUCAAAACUCCCCAGGUACCCGAUGCCUUUCCAUCAAAUGCAGACGAGAAAAUCGAACAGGGACAGGAGAGGGACAAAUGGUAAAAGAGAAGUGAGAUCUAAGAGACAAACUAGAGAUAACGCAUUAAUACUAAAGGAUUUUGAUGAAAUGCAGUUUUUAAAAGGAAAGAAAGAUUUUAAUGUAGUGAAUGCUCAUUUUAAGAAAUAUUGGUAGGUGAAUGUUGUUAGUUGUUGAAAUGAAUGUCUUUAAAUUUAUGACUCGAAUGGAAAUCAUCAAACGUCUGGAAGCUUUUGUCCUCUCAGAAUUUUUUCUCUCUUAAUAAAUGAUUUGUGUAAGUAUGAAUGGUACAAGGCUUCAAAAGUAUUUGGUCUUAAUUAAAAGAUACAUCCAGAAUGAUAAUGUGAUGGGUAUAGUUUUGUACACUUAGAACACCUUUAUAAAUGUCGUAAUGAGAUCUCUUUAAGAUAUUUCAUUAGUUUUAUACUUUUUUACUUUUUGAAGGAAGUAAUUUAGU